AUGCAUGCCCGUCUUCCAGAUCUGAGAGAUUCGAGCGGCAUGAGGAGUCUCCGGCUCACGCGCUUGGUUGCGGAAGGAACCGACGAGGCCGUGUUGGUUGCUGCGUGGCGUGGAGGCUCGAGUGUGAUGGGCGUCCGUGUGGCGGCAGCGAAGGUGGCAGCGCAGGUGGCGGGAGCGCGUUGGAUCAACGCGGCUGUCGUGGCUGUCGAGAAAGAUUCCAGGCAGCAAUUCGGCGGUCUUCCGAUCCGCUGCCUUGCACUGCAACCACUGCGGCCGCUCUUCCGCCAAUGGAAGCUAGCCAAGGCCGAAAAGUUCAAGAUUGCGCACACGGCAGCUUCGCAUGGAAGCCACGUCUGCUCAACCGACAGAAGGCGGAAAGAGCCAAAGGAGGCGGCGGACUUGGAAGCGGCUGAUCAAAUUGCUGCAUCGCGGCGCGACGGCGCGACCUUGUUGAGCCCGAGCUGGGAGUCCGACAGCUUUUGA